ACAAUGUUCUUCUGUGAGCAUUUCCUCUUUCUUCUCUCCUGAACUGAUUCCUGCUUUACCAGUCAUUUUCCUCUGGAAAAAUCAAACUUCUUUUUUAUUAACUGAGUGUCUAAAAGGAAGGAACUGAAGGGAGGGAGAGAGGAGAGAGGCAGACAAAAGGAAGAGCAGACAACAAGGACAGAGGAAGAGACAACAUAUUAAAUACAGUGGAAUCCGUUCAGCCAAAGAGAGAGAAGGGAGCGAGCAAGCUGCAGCACUGUUGCUUGAUGUGUCUGUUUUAAGUUUAAGUUUGGUAAGCAGAGUGGGAGAUGCUGGGAAUGGAUAUUGAAGAUAAGUCAUCCAAAAUGUAUUGCAUGAGAGGCCAGCACGUGGGCAUCAUUUGUGGAGUGGUAAUCGCUGUGGGCUUAAUUUUGGGACUUGGAUUAGGUUUAGGAUUAAAACCAGAGGCCUGCCACCCUCCAGAAGGCAAUGGGCAGGUGUCAACAAAACCACCUGCUCCAACGACAUCACAAACAACCUCUGCUCCAGGGACCAGAGUGUUUUGCAGUGCCAAAAAUAAUGAAAAUGGAGCCUGGACAAAUUUCAGGCUGCCCCACUAUGUUAACCCAACUCAUUAUGACUUAGACUUGACUCCUGAGAUGGAAGCCGAGGUGUACACCGGAAUGGUAAAUAUUUCCAUCAGGUUGGAAGAACAGAUGACCAGGCAUUUAUGGCUUCACCUGAGAGAAACGAAGAUCACGGAAAUGCCUCAGCUCAGGACAUUCUCAGGCCAGGUCAUUCCUAUAAAGCAUUGCUUUGGAUAUGAACCACAGGAAUAUGUGGUAAUAGAGGCAGAAGAAGACUUACAUCCCAGCAACUAUUUCCUGAGUAUGAAGUUCAGAGGCCAUUUGAAUGGUUCCCUGGUUGGAUUUUAUAGAACAAGCUAUGAGGAGGAUGGAAAGAUCAAAUACAUAGCAGCCACUGAUCAUGAGCCAACUGAUGCACGAAAAUCAUUUCCUUGCUUUGAUGAACCUAACAAAAAAGCAACAUAUAAGAUAUCUAUUACUCAUAAAUGUGACUAUAAAGCACUAUCAAACAUGCCAGUGGAGGGAACAGUCUCAUUAGAUAAUGGUUGGACAAAGACAAUAUUCAUGAAAUCUGUCCCAAUGAGUACUUAUUUGGUGGCCUGGGCUGUGCACCAGUUUGAGUAUACCGAAAGAAACUCAUCUCAUGGAAUUCCACUCCGCAUUUAUGCCCAACCACAGCAGAUAAACACAGCCAACUAUGCAGCUGAUGUAACUAAAGUUGUAUUUGAUUACUUUGAGCAGUACUUCGAUAUGAACUAUUCUCUUCCAAAACUGGAUGAAAUAGCAAUUCCAGACUUUGGCACUGGGGCCAUGGAGAAUUGGGGACUGAUCACUUACAGAGAAACUAAUCUCCUUUAUGAUCCAGAAGAAUCUGCUGCUUCUAACAAGCAAAGAGUGGCAGCUGUGGUUGCCCAUGAAGUUGUUCAUCAGUGGUUUGGAAAUAUUGUGACCAUGGAUUGGUGGGAUGACUUAUGGCUAAAUGAAGGAUUUGCCAGUUUCUUUGAGUUUAUGGGUGUAAACGCUGCAGAAAACAACUGGCAAAUGCUGGACCAAAUUUUAAUUGAUGACCUACUCCCUGUGCUGAAGGAUGAUUCUUUGCUUUCAUCUCACCCUAUUACAGUGAAUGUGUCUUCUCCUGAUGAAAUAACUUCUGUAUUUGAUGGCAUAUCCUACAGCAAAGGAGCAUCACUUCUCAGAAUGCUUGAAGACUGGAUCUCACCAAAUCACUUCAGAACUGGAUGUCAGAGAUAUCUAACAGACUAUCAUUUUAAAAAUGCAAAAACAGAUGAUUUCUGGGCAGCAAUGGAACAGGUAAGUGGGAAGCCUGUCAAAGAAGUAAUGGACACAUGGACCAGGCAGAUGGGAUACCCUCUGCUAAAAGUUCAUUUAAACUCAACAGUCACACAGCAACGUUUUCUACUGGAUCCCAAAGCAGACCCUUCCCAGCCAUCUUCUCAAUUUAGUUACAAGUGGAAUAUUCCAGUGAAAUGGUAUGAGGGGAAUACAUCAAAUAUAAUAUUCUACAAUAAAUCAGAAUUAGCAGGAAUUACUAUUACACAACCCAGUGAUCUUCCUCCCAAUUCUUUCUUGAAAGUAAACCAAGAUCAUAUUGGUUUUUAUCGUGUAAAUUAUGAAGCCCAAGCCUGGCAUGUCUUAGCUGAUAUUAUGAUGAAUGGCAAUCAGACUUUCAGUGUGACUGAUCGUGCUGGUUUUAUAGAUGAUGCUUUUGCAUUGGCCAGAGCUGGACUUCUGAAGUAUGCUGAUGCAUUGAACCUUACAAAAUAUCUGAAAGAUGAGGAAGAAUAUAUACCAUGGCAAAGAGCUGUAGUAGCCAUAUCCUAUAUUGGACACAUGUUUGAAGAUGAUAACACACUCUAUCCCAAAUUUCAGAAAUAUUUUGGUAGCCUGGUCAAGCCCAUUGCAAAUAAACUGAAAUGGGAGAAUGAUGAGGACCAUAUCAAGAGCCUCCUUAGCACAACUGUUUUGGAAUUUGCAUGCAAUAUGGAUGACCCAGAGGCUUUGUGGAAUGCCUCUUCAUUGUUUAAGCAGUGGCUAACUGGAACAAGUCCAGAUGUAAAUUUCCGUCUCCUGGUGUACCGCUUUGGGAUGCAGCACUCCGGGGAUGAGCAAGCGUGGAAUUACAUGUUUCAGAAGUACCAAAAUACAACAUUAGCUCAAGAAAAGGAGAAGCUUCUAUAUGGCCUGGCAUCAGUGAAAAAUAUCACUUUGCUGAACAGAUUCUUAAAUUGCAUCAGAAAUACAAGUCUCAUAAGAAGUCAGGAUGUGUUCACUGUCUUGAGAUAUAUCUCCUUUAAUAGCUAUGGCAAAACUAUGGCUUGGGACUGGGUACGGCUCAACUGGGAAUAUUUGGUCAAACGAUACACUCUUAAUGAUAGAAAUCUUGGCCGCCUAAUAUCAAGAAUAACAGGCACAUUUAACACAGAGCUCCAGCUUUGGCAGAUGGAAAAUUUCUUUGAGAGAUAUCCUAAUGCUGGAGCAGGAGAAGCAUCAAGAAAGCAAGCUUUGGAAACUACAAAGAGCAAUAUUGAAUGGCUAAAACAAUACCGAGAUGAGAUAGCAGCCUGGCUCGAAAGUUCAAAUCAGCCAAUUGCAUAAUUGGGUCUCACUCCUCAUGAAAAUCUUAAGAUUUUUUUAAAAAAAUGUAUCAACAUGGUAAUUAGCAGAAAUACUACAUUCAGAUUUUGAAAGCGCUGCCAACUUUGAAAUACAUUAAUUUAUUGAAAUGUAUAUUGAAACUAGCCAGACAGUCAUUCUCAGAUGUUCCUGUAAAUGUUUGUCUCUUAGAACAUUUGUACAUUUUAAUUGGACAAAGUGUAAAAUUAUCAUUUGCCCAUACACAAUUACAGGAUCUCCAUUACCUUUAUGAGCAUUACUGAUGUAUGUACUUACCACAUACCCACCACUCUGAAAAUAAAUCCUUUCUUUAUACAAACACUUAUUAUUCCAUCUGCUCAGGAGGCCCUUUCAAAUAAAACUUCAUAGAAUCCAUUCCAAAGGGAGAGCUUUGCCUCCAUUCAGAAAAAAACUAGAUAAAAUAUAUAUAUUCUCCUAGAAAUAAAAGCACCAACCUGAUUUUUGGAAACAAUUUUUUUCUACUAUAUAUAUAUAUAUAGGUAGACUGUUAUUGUCUUUUUUGAUAUUUCAUAGAGGGAUGUUUGUAGUUUAAAGCUAUUGUUCUAAAGUGACUGAAAAACCCACAGCUUUGAGGAAGAGUACAUCCAUGGCAAGAGGAAAAUGCAUAUUCAGAAAUCUCAGGUAAAGAAUCUUUGGUAGCAAGCCUGAUCUAGGAAUUCUCAUCUUGGACCCUGGAAAGCUGUUACCAGUUAAAAUAAAAGAGGAGUCAGCUGUCAGCUUUAUGUUAUAGCAUGGGCACCCAAAUAUUUUUUUAAAAUGUCUAAUUCUCACGUCCAGAUACAAUUUUAUAUGCGAACACCAAGAUCUCACACACAUUUGGGCAAUCUUGCAAAAUAUCAGCCAUUUGGGAUUGGAUUUUAACAAUGGAAAAAGGCCAGGAUACAAUUUUAUAAACAAAUAAUUUAAUCUGAAGGUUUUAUGUAUAGCAUAUAAAGAGGAUGUGACUGCUGCAGUACACCUGGGUAGCUGUAUUGCCAUUCCCUAGAAUAAUCAACACUGUAGUAAAUUGUCAGCCCCACCAGAUAGACCAGAUCAGAAAAAUCAACUCCACAGGAAGACAAGAACUAGACUUCACUGAUAGGCUAAAAUAACAGAAACUUGCAGGCCUGAUUGUGCUUGACCUCCCCCUUUAAUGCCCCAAUGAAACAGGGAGAGGUUUGCCUGAGUCACUUUCAAAUACUAUCUUGCUUUCCAGGACUUAAAUCAUGUUUCAGCCCCCUUUUUUCUGUUCUUGCAUAUUUCUGUUAAAAUCAUCUCCUUUAUUCUCUAAGUACACAAGCAGCCCAAAUCAAUACAAUACAGCUUGAUGUCUGCAGCAUAGGAGAGGGUAAUCUGACUAGAAAAAAACUGUAAGUUUGGUUUGGUAAGGGUAUGAAUGUAUAAAUAUAUCUCAUUUAAAUGUAGAUACUUGAGCUUGUUUAAUGUCAUGAAUCUAAGCACUUAUUUUGAAGUUAAGCUAUGCCACAUGCACAUUACAGUUGUCAUCAGGAUGCCAUCUAAAUCAACUUUCCUGCUGGCCCUGGUCCUUCUCUGUUGUAAUUUUUGCAAGUUUUUUUUUUAAUUGUCAACAUCAUGGAGAAAGUCUCCAUGUCCUAUCAGCUGCUAUCCAAAAUGUCUGUGGGGACAUGGAGAUUCUCUGCACCACAGCUUCAGUGUCCAUCACCAGAUUUAAACCGAUCCUGGAAAUAGUUGAUGGUGGUGUUGUGGUGAGAGUCACAUGCCAGUGUCCACAAUUUGCUUGUAACUCAGAAUGCCAACAUGUAUUGCCUGAAUGCUGUUUUGAUGUUCAAAAUGGUUUGUUUUCAUCAAUGAAAAAUUAAAUAACAAUAUUUCCAAUUUUAAAA